AUGCGAAUUCCCGUGGGGUCGCUCCAUCGUUUCCAUCUUCCACCUCAUCUUUCGCACGCGCGCUUUUCGAUGAAGCAGACCUGCUCUAGUCACUUCGACCAUUUGACUACUCCUGAAUGCUUGCCUGACUCUCUGUACGAGUAGGAACAGAAUCCCGUCGGAACCCGUUCAACCUGUGAAUCUUGCUUUGCAACAUCACCCUUGGAUCUGUCCCCCGUCGCUCUGUUCAUUCUACUGCUUGUACAGGAGCCCCCAACGCAUUCCGGGCAGGGCUUUGGCCGUGUUGGAACUAGUCUUGUCUACGAAAAACCUCGCGACGUAUAUGCACUUGUAGCGAAGAGAGGAAAAGGAAUGGUCAUGACUUUACCGCGGUAAGUAUCCACCUAGUUUGUCACUGGCUGCUACCAGACAUUGUGCACAUAUAGAAGAUCAAAUACCGAGCGAAUUUAAUAUGUCGUCCGGCGGAGGUAUACGCUUUGUCCAUACUGUUUUUGUGGUGCGUGAAGAUAAAGAAAAUGGACGACAGCCCGAAUUCCUUGACCAACCCUUCAAACUGAACGCCCUCUAUCACCCGUCGUCAUCAGUUCUUUUCCGCCUCAGCGUAGCCAUCGCCCACGGCACCUCGAACAAAACCACUCUCUAUCUGCACAUCACCCCCGACCGCAUUGCUUCGCUGCGCCACACGACCUGCGAUACGAUUAAUACGAAUGACGAAAGCCCGCCGUGCCUCGAACGUGUCCGCCAGCGACUAGGUGCCAAGCGCCUCGUCACUCGCCUUCAGCUCCGGUUGCACAGUGGCUUCCAUUGCCAACUUAUCGCGCCCACUGGCUUAACUCGCGAUGAGGUCCAAGCCUCCGACAACCCGGCGCGGUACACAUUUGCCUUGGCCACGUCACUCGCGACGGCCUCAACAUUUUCCCUCUAUUUCCCGCACAACGUCUUGCGGAUGGCCACAUUCCAAGCUUUCGCCGAGGGCGUUCGACAAUUUCCGAAUCUGACAGCCGCCCAGCGUCAAUCAUAUGAGCGUGUGUUGGAUCUGCGCCGGCUGUAUCAUGGCAAAGGUGGUACUGUGGUGACGCUUGAGGAGUUCACCGCGAAGGUCCAAAGUAGCCCCCCGCGCGACGGAGAAGACAAUAGAGCUUCCACGCCAGUCACAUCCGAGUCGUGCGGUUCCACUGUUGCUUUUGACAUUGUGCCGCGCGACCAAGAGUCACCGCCGCCGCAGUAUGAUGAACAUGAAAAUACUGGAAGGCAGCCAAGGGAGCAGGCGAGCGCCAAAUCGACCGCCACGGCUUUCGUUGGUGGGGGUCUUGGCGGUGACGAUGCCCUCCCUCCAUACGGAGAUAGCAAAGGGCAGUACAACAAUACGUCAAAUACUUCUAAACGAGGGCUGCACUUUGGUAGCGAAGAGACGGACAUACAUCCUUGCUCGAAGAGAGUCUAUUGUAAGCGUGCAUUCACCACUAUUUACACAACUACGACGGACGAAGAACGCCCUGGAGAGAACUCGAAAUCUCCACUUGCAGACCUGGAAAGGUCACAGAGUAGGUUGACGAUUCUGCUUGAGCAGCAACGCCGGCAGAUCCUACAGCUACAGGCAGAUGUCGAGGAACUCAAGAGGCGCAAUAGUGAACUCGAGGCACGGCAUGACGAUGUAGAGGACAACUGUUGCGACUUGGGCAACCGACAGACCGAAACUCAGGAGACUGUCGAGUCAUUGCUCAUUCAUACCGGCGAGCUUGACGAUGAGUGCGAGAAGCUCGGGAAACAAAUGCCGGACAUUUGCGAUGAUGUGGAGGAGUGGGUCAGGGACAAUUUGGGAGACGCAAUGCAGGAGCACAUGAGCAAAUGGUUUGAAGAGAACAUGGCAGAAACCGUGAAUGGGUACAUCAACGAUAAAGUUGCGGCCAAGAUGGCCGUCACUAAGGCAAGAAUGCGUAGAGCACUCCAAGACUAGGGUAUGCUGCUUCUUUGAAUGAUUACCCCUCUUAAUGCCAUUCUUGCUGUCUGGGAUAUUUAAUGUGACGGGAAACGAAGCUGACUCGGAAACAAAGGUGCCGUUAAACUUUGCUAAGCUCAUGGGAAGAGGUUUGCAUUGAACCAUGGUGCCUUGAUAUUCUCUGAAUGAGGCGGUUGAAUCGUUGGGACACGCGCUGGGCAAACUUGCGAGCUUUCUAGCCGGAGUUAGCGUCCGGACGCGACUAGUAUUCGGUAAAAGGCAAUAUGUCAAAAUCAAGGAGCCAAACUCUUGUAUCUGUUGUCCCAGGCAUUCAUCGUGUCUCAAAGCUGUUCACUAUUACAAAGCUUUCGGGCCAGCCAAGAAGCAAUGCUUCACUGCCUAAUCCUCUAAAGACUAGCUUUAGUAUAAAAGAAUGGAGGA